AUGGAUCGAACUCGGAAAGGUUUGGGAGAUCCGAUCCUCUUCCGAGGUUUUCCCUGCUCUUCAUAUAAGAACUUUUCAGCUUCAACAUUGGAAACUGGAAGCGUUCAAGUGCCUUAUGAUGAAACUUUAAUGUUAAAGAAUAAGUCACAAGAGAUUGAGCCAUAUUUAAAUGGAUACAGUAUAUAUCUUGUUGGAUUGAUGGGAUCUGGAAAAACCACAGUGGGAAAAAUUCUGUCUUACAUACUCAAUUAUUCAUUUUAUGACAGUGAUGCAUUAAUAGAGCAGGAAGAAAAUGGAAUGUCUGUAGCUGAAAUAUUUAAGCUUCAUGGGGAGAGUUUCUUCAGAAAAAAGGAGAGGCUUUCUUCAAAGAAACAACUUGUUGUUUCUACUGGCGGAGGUGCAGUUGUACAGGAUGAGAACUGGGACUAUAUGCAGAAGAAAGGAAUUAGUGUCUGGUUAGAUGUACCUUUGGAAGCCUUGGCACACAGAAUUGCUGCAGUAGGUACCCAUUCUCGCCCCCUUCUGCAUUAUGAAUCUGGCGAUCCAUAUACAAAGAGGGGUAAAAAUUAUGCUAAAGCAAAUGCCAGGGUUUCCUUAGAAGAAAUUGCAGGCAAACUAGGUUAUAGAGAUGUAUCAAAUCUUACUCCAACAGAGAUCGCAAUCGAGGCAUUGGAACAAAUUGAAGGGUAUCUAAAGAAAGUGGCAUAGCCAUGGCUGGGUUAUAGUUUUGACAGCUCUAAAUACGGUGAUUGAAUUUUAUAUUAUUUGUAGCAUAGCAUGUCAAAAAUGUUCCUAGUUUCUUUUUGUUUUUUCCUAUGCGAGCACUGCAUUACGUAGUUAACUUAUUAAGUUGGGAAAUUCCCCAUGUAUCGUGCUAUUGAUAUGAUGCAGUUGUAUAUGUUUGACAAUUAUCACUGUUUUGGCUUCUUUU